AUGGUUGCUGGAAGGAAUGAUGAUGCGCUUGCGGCGGCAUUGACCAUGUUGGCUGGUGCCAUUUCGCAAAUGAAUGUUGGUGAUCGGGAGCGUGAUGCUGAUGAGUUAUGUGCUUUGGGGAAGUUCCAGAGAAACAAUCCGCCAACUUUUGAAGGAGCUCAUGAACCUGAAAAAGCUCAAAAGUGGUUGAAGAAGGUGCAGUUUGGCACUCAUAUGCUUGAGAAAGAAGCUGAGGAUUGGUGGCACAACACUGUUCAGAGAUUUGAUAAGGAUGGCAUUGAAGUGACUUGGGCACUUUUCCCUAAGUAUACUGCAAAGUUUAAGGAGUUGAUCAAAUUUUGUCCCCAUUACAAUACUGCUAAUGCUGAGAGAUCCAAGUGUCUUAAGUUUGUGAUUGGCUUAAGACCUGAUAUCAAGAAGGCAAUGGGUUACCAAAAGAUUAUGAGAUUUUAUGAGUUGGUUAACAAGAGUAGGAUCUAUGAUGAGGAUAGCCGUGAGAGUGCUACUCAUUACAAAUCCUUGCAUGAUAAUAAAGGAAAAGGGAAAUUCCGAGGGAAGCCGUAUGAUGGUAAGAAGAAAGCUGGUGAUGGCAAGAAGCUAAGUGGAGGACGAUCUCACACUCCUGUCAAGUGCUUCAGCUGUGGUGUUGAGGGACAUCGUGCUCCCGAGUGUCCUGAGGGCGAUGUGACUUACUUCAAGUGUGGCAAGCAAGGUCAUAAAUCUUUUGAUUGCAGAGUUGGUUCGAAUGUGACUUGCUACAACGGUGGUGAGAAAGGGAAGAUUAGUACCAAGUGCAACAAGUCGAAGAAGGAGCAAGCCAAAGGGAACGUGUUUGUGUUAUCCGGUGCUGAUACUUCUGUUGAGGAGAGAUUGAUUCGAGGUACAUGCUUUAUUAAUAAUAUGCCUUUGAUUGCUAUUAUCGAUACCAAUGCGACACAUUCUUUUAUUUCUUUGAAUAGUGCUAAGAGAUUGAAUCUUGGAUUAUCUGUUAUGCGUGGAAGCAUGGCUAUUGAUACUCCGACUAUGGGUUCAGUGACUACUUCAUUUGUUUGUUUGAAAUGUCUGUUGAAUAUUUGUGAUAAAGAUUUUGAAGUUGAUUUAGUGUGUCUUCCAUUGAGUCAACUUGAUGUUAUUUUGGGAAUAGACUGGUUGAGGUCCAACCAUGUCUAUAUCAAUUGUUUUGUGAGAGCUGUUCUUUUUCUUGAGCCAGAGAAGGAAGAUGAUUUAUUCUUGUCUACUCAACAAGUGAAUAAAUAUGUGCGAGAUGGUGUUGAAGUGUUUAUAUUGGUGGCAAGUUUGAAGCUUAGUGAAAAUGGAACAAUGGGUGAAUUUCCAAUUGUUCGUGAUUUUCCUGAAGUGUUUCCUGAUGAAGUUAGUGUUUUGCCGCCUGAAUGUGAAGUUGAGUUCAUGAUUGAUUUGAUUCCUGUUACUAGUCUGGUAUCGAUGGCUCCGUAUCAGAUGUCACCAUCUGAGUUGAAAGAGUUGAAGAGUCAACUAGAGGAUUUGCUUGAUAAGAGGUUUAUUCGUCCGAGUGUGUCACUGUGGGGUGCGCCUGUCUUGUUAGUUAAGAAGAAAGAAGGUAUUAUGAGGUUGUGUACGGAUUACAUACAACUGAAUAAGGUUACUAUUAAGAAUAAGUAUCCGCUUCCGAGGAUUGAUGGUUUGAUGGAUCAGUUGAGUGAAGAGGAUCAUGUUGAGCAUUUGACGAUUGUUUUAUCGGUAUUGAAAGAGAAGCUGUUGUUUGCUAAACUUUCAAAGUGCGAGUUUUGGUUGAAGGGAGUGAGCUUCCUUGGCUAUGUGAUCUCUAGUGGUGGUAUUUCAGUUGAUCCUUCUAAGAUUGAGGCUAUAUCUCAAUGGGAAGCGCCGAAAUUUGUGUCUGAGAUUCAUAGUUUUCUUGGUUUGGCAAUUUAUUAUCGAAAGUUUAUUGAAGGCUUUUCUAAGUUAUCUUUGUCGUUAACGGAGUUGACUAGGAAAGGUCAAGCUUUCAUUUGGACUGCACAGUGUGAAGCUAGUUUUCAAGAGCUGAAGAGGAGAUUGACUACUGCUCCUGUUUUGAUUUUACCGAAUCCAUCAGAACCAUUUGUUGUGUAUUGUGAUGCUUCUUUGAUGGGUUUAGGAGGUGUGUUAAUGCAGAAUCAACAAGUUGUAUCUUAUGCUUCAAGGAAACUCAAAGUGCAUGAGAGGAAUUCUCCGACUCAUGAUUUCUAA